AUGACGACGACCAUGAGCAGGGUGAAGCAAGCCACCGCGACCACGACGAACUGCGACGCCGUCAGCCCCAGGAUGCAGACGGGGUCGCCGCACGAGCCCACCGGCGUCGGCGUCGGGGCAUUCGUAGAUGCUGUCGUAAAGGAAUUGGUCGGGGUGGCCGUAGAAACAGCCGUGACUGAAGGGUUAGGGGUUGUGGUCGUUUUAACUUCACUGCUUGUAACUGUAGUUGUAAAAGGAUCAUUGGUUAGGGUUGUAAGCUCAGUGGCUGUAGUUGUAGACUUAGCGGUUGUAGUUGUAAGCUCAGUGGUUAUAGUUGUAGGCUCAGGGGUUGUAGUUGCAGGCUCAGCGGUUGUAGUUGUAAGCUCAGUGGUUAUAGUUGUAGGCUCAGGGGUUGUAGUUGCAGGCUCAGCGGUUGUAGUUGUAAGCUCAGUGGUUGUAGUUGUAGGCUCAAGGGUUGUGGUGGUUGUGGGCUCUGUGUUUGUAGUUGUAGGCUCAGGGGUUGUAGUGGUGGUUGUAGUUAUAGGCUCAAGGGUUGUGGUUGUUGUAGGCUCAGUAGUUGUAGUUGUAGGCUCAGGGGUUGUGGUGGUUGUGGGAUCUGUGGUUAUAGUUGUAGGCUCAGGGGUUGUGGUUGUUAUAGGCUCAGUAGUUGUAGGCUCAGGGGUUGUGGUGGUUGUAGGAUCUGUGGUUGUAAUUGUAGACUCAAUGGUUGUGAUGGUUGUGGGCUCUGUGGUUGCAGUUGUAGGCUCAGGGGUUGUGGUGGUUGUGGGCUCUGUGGUUGUAGUUGUAGGCUCAGGGGUUGUAGUGGUUGUGUGCUCUGUGGUUGUAGUUAUAGGCUCUGUGGUUGUAGUUGUAGGCUCAGGGGUUGUAGUUGUAGACUCAAUGGUUAUAGUGGUUGUGGGCUCUGUGGCUGUAGUUGUAGGCUCAAGGGUUGUGGUGGUUGUUGUGGGCUCUGUGGUUGUAGUUGUAGGCUCAAGGGUUGUGGUGGUUGUGGGCUCUGUGGAUCUGUGUGUAGGCUCAGGGGUUGUGGUGGUUGUGGGCUCUGUGGUUGUAGUUGUAGGCUCUGCGGUUGUAGUUGUAGGCUCAGUGGUUGUAGAUGUAGGCUCAGGGGUUGUGGUUGUAGACUCAGGGGUUGUGGUUGUAGGCUCAUGUGUUGUAGUUGUAGGGGUUGUAGUUGUAGGCUCAUGGGUUGUGGUGGUUAUAGGCUCUGUAGUUGUAGUUGUAAGCUCUGUGGUUGUAGUUGUAGGCUCAGGGGUUGUAGUUGUAGACUCAGGGGUUGUGGUUGUAGGCUCAGGUGUUGUAGUUGUAGGCUCUAUGGUUGUAGUUGUAGGCUCAGUAAUUGUAGUUGUAGGCUCAUAGGUUGUAGUUGUAGGCUCAGGUGUUGUAGUUGUAGGCUCAGGGGUUGUAGUUGUAGGCUCAAGGGUUGUGGUGGUUGUGGGCUCUGUGGUUAUAGUUGUAAGCUCUGUGGUUGUAGUUUUAGGCUCAGGGGUUGUAGUUGUAGACUCAGAGGUUGUGGUUGUAGGCUCAGGUGUUGUAGUUGUAGGCUCAGGGGUUGUAGUUGUAGACUCAGGGGUUGUGGUUAUAGGCUCAGGGGUUGUAGUUGUAGGCUCAUGGGUUGUGGUGGCUGUGAGCUCUGUGGUUGUAGUUGUGGGCUCUGUGGUUGUAGUUGUAGGCUCAGGGGUUGUAGUUGUAGACUCAGGGGUUGUGGUUGUAGGCUCAGGGGUUGUAGUUGUAGGCUCAGGGGUUGUAGUUGUUGGCUCAAGGGUUGUGGUGGUUGUGGGCUCUGUGGUUGUAGUUUUAGGCUCAGGGGUUGUAGUUGUAGGCUCAGGGGUUGUGGGCUCUGUGGUUGUAGUUGUAGGCUCAGAGGUUGUAGUUGUAGGCUCGGGGGUUGUAGUUGUAGGCUCAGUGGUUGUAGUUGUAGGCUCAGGGGUUGUAGUUGUAGGCCCAAGAGUUGUAGUUGUAGGAUCUGUGGUUGUAGUUGUAGGCUCAGGGGUUGUGGUGGUUGUAGGCUCUGUGGUUGUAGUUGUAGGAUCAGGGGUUGUAGUUGUAGGCUCAGGGGUUGUAGUUGUAGGCUCGGGGGUUGUAGUUGUAGGAUCUGUGGUUGUAGUUGUAGGCUCAGGGGUUGUGGUGGUUGUGGGCACUGCGGUUGUAGUUGUAGGCUCAGGGGUUGUGGUGGUUUUAGGCUCUGUGGUUGUAGUUGUAGGCUCAGGGGUUGUAGUUGUAGGCUCGGGGGUUGUAGUUGUAGGCUCAGGGGUUGUGGUGGUUGUGGGCUCUGUGGUUGUAGUUGUAGGCUCAGGGGUUGUGGUAGUUUUAGGCUCUGUGGUUGUAGUUGUAGGCUCAGGGGUUGUAGUUGUAGGCUCGGGGGUUGUAGUUGUAGGCUCAGGGGUUGUGGGCUCUGCGGUUGUAGUUGUAGGCUCAGGGGUUGUGGUGGUUUUAGGCUCUGUUGUUGUAGUUGUAGGCUCAGGGGUUGUAGUUGUAGGCUCUGUGGUUGUAGUUGUAGGUUCAGGGGUUGUGGUGGUUGUGGGCUCUAUGGUUGUAGUUGUAGGCUCGGGGGUUGUAGUUGUAGGCUCUGUGGUUGUAGUUGUAGGCUCAGGAGUUGUAGUUGUAGGCUCUGUGGUUGUAGUUGUAAGCUCAGGGCUGUUCACGGUAGAAGUAAAUUCACAGUUAGUUUAG